GACAACGUAUGCCUUUUCCUAAACCUGGCCAAUGACCCAACAAUUGAGAGGAUUAUCACCCCGCGUCUGGCACUCACAGAAGCCGAGUACCUUGCCUAUCAAUGUGAGAAACACGUCUUGGUGAUCCUGACAGACAUGAGCUCCUACGCGGAAGCCCUGCGAGAGGUAUCAGCGGCCCGGGAAGAGGUACCUGGUAGGAGAGGGUUCCCCGGGUACAUGUACACAGAUUUGGCCACCAUCUAUGAGCGAGCCGGCAGAGUGGAGGGCAGAACCGGCUCCAUCACACAAAUCCCCAUCCUAACCAUGCCCAAUGACGAUAUCACUCACCCCAUUCCUGACUUAACUGGGUUCAUCACUGAAGGACAGAUCUACGUAGACAGACAACUUCACAACAGACAGAUCUACCCCCCUAUC